UGCUAGCUAGGUAUUACAGAGGACCGCACGAGCUUUAUAUACAUAUUUGUAUCGCCAAAUCAGCGCUAGUAUCUGCGAAAUCAAGGGAUGAUGAAUACAUCAGAACGAAAGCUCAGUAAGCCGGUGCCACGGUGGGGUGGGGCUACUGCGUAUAUACUCUUUUUGGUAAACGGUAGUUGCAGAGACAACGAGAGCAACGUGACUGGCUUCUGGAAGCGGGUCUGGAUCUUCCGUUCGGCAAGAAAUUGACCGUGGAGUAAGUACGCCCUGAGGCAACGGAGCUCGAGGAGGGCUCGAUCUUGAGCUAGUGGUGGGUCUUGGCGUCAAGCUCUCAGAGCACCAGGCACCAUACGCCGCGUCAACGCCAACAAACACAACAUCGCCGCCGCCCAUCUCAGCCACUGCGAACCCCUACCGCGACUACGCACAGUUGAGCCAAACAUCAGGAUUCACUGUGCAGCUCUACAAUAUCUUCAUACAUCUCUAAACCACCGCAAACAUGUUCAUAGCACGCAGCGAGUAUGAUCGUGGCAUCAACACCUUCUCGCCGGAAGGCCGUCUCUUCCAGGUCGAAUACUCCCUCGAGGCCAUCAAGCUCGGGUCCACAGCGAUAGGUGUUGCAACAGGCGAGGGUGUGAUCCUUGGUGUCGAAAAGCGCGUCACAUCCACCCUGCUUGAGACCAGCUCAGUCGAGAAGAUUGUCGAGAUUGACCGCCACAUUGGAUGCGCCAUGUCCGGACUGCAAGCCGACGCACGCAGUAUGGUCGAGCACGCACGAGUCGAGAGCCAGAACCACGCCUUCAACUACGCCGAGCCCUUAAGGGUAGAGAGCUGCACGCAGGCGAUAUGCGAUUUGGCACUGCGGUUCGGUGAGGGCGCUGACGGCGAGGAGAGCAUCAUGUCAAGACCAUUCGGUGUUGCGCUGUUGAUUGCCGGGUACGAUGAGGAUGGCCCAAGUCUGUAUCACGCUGAACCCUCCGGCACAUUCUACCGCUACGACGCCAAGGCAAUUGGCUCCGGAUCUGAAGGCGCGCAGGCUGAGCUGCAGAACGAGUUCCACAAGUCACUCACGCUGCCAGAAGCUGAGGUCCUUGUCCUCAAGACACUGAAGCAGGUCAUGGAGGAGAAGCUAGACAGCAAGAAUGUGCAGCUCGCGAGCGUGACGAAGGACAAGGGCUUCAGGAUUUACACUGACCGGGAGAUGGAGGAGGUCGUGGGAAGACUGCCCACAAACUAGAUGACGACACAUCUGGGUAUUAAGGAUGAAUAGAGCAUGUUAGAGCAAGCAAGCACUACCUCAUGAUCACGACACAGGAAUGAAGCAAUGCCAGACAUCACACCAUCACAACACGUCUGUAUCACUUGCAGCCAGUCUGACAUGCCAGCUCAGUCCAGCGCUAAAGCCAUGC